UACUUAUCAGGGUGAGAGGGGGAGAGCGAGUCUCCGAGCGUGCGGGCGGGGAAGCGGGGCUGGGGGCCGAAGCGGGGGCCUGGACGUCGGCUAGGGCGCCGGGGUCGCCGGCUCCUCGCCCACCUCCCUCCCUGUGGGAGAAGAGGAGGAGGGGAAGUGACUUCGGAGUUGAUGAACUUUGCACAUCCAGAAACGCCAUUUUGAUUCCUUUUCCGGAACAAGUUUGCAUCUCUCCUCGUUCUCUCCCCGAAGCCCACCGGUCCCCACGGCAUCAUGCCUGGGAGCCGAGCGCCCUGCCCGGCCGUUGCUCCUGCUCUGCUCCAGAGGUGGUGGCUUUGAGGUGUGACCCUGCACACAUUUGGGCCUGGCCAGUGCCAGCUCCUCAGUAAGGAGGGCCAGUGUGAUAAGAACAAAAAAACCAGUGUCAACGAGUGAUACCAAGACAAGAAAAAAAAGAAGUGAAGCACAGACUCAUUUCCUACUCCACGUGGAUGAUAGCUAUAGCAAGGAGAAAUCUCAUAGUGUAUCAGUUGGGGCAGAAAAUGGAGUUCUAUGGCAGAGGCUUCUUAGACGCGUAACCCUUGUCCCAAUGACGUCAAGUUCGCCCAUUGGCUUGGAAGGUUCAGAUUUGUCUUCCAUCAACACCAUGAUGUCAGCGGUAAUGAGUGUAGGGAAGGUCGCUGAGAAUGGCGGGAGCCCCCAGAGCAUCAAGUCCCCCACGAAGCCUCCAGGACCAAAUCGGAUUGGCCGAAGGAACCAGGAAACGAAAGAGGAGAAGUCUUCCUAUAACUGUCCCCUGUGUGAAAAGAUUUGCACUACACAGCAUCAGUUAACUAUGCACAUUCGUCAGCACAACACGGACACUGGAGGGGCAGACCAUUCAUGCAGCAUCUGCGGGAAGUCACUGAGCUCAGCCAGCUCCCUGGAUCGCCACAUGCUGGUGCACUCUGGCGAGAGGCCUUAUAAGUGCACUGUGUGUGGCCAGUCUUUUACCACCAAUGGGAACAUGCACAGACACAUGAAGAUUCAUGAGAAGGACCCUAACAGUGCCGCAGCUGCCGCUCCUCCAUCCCCGCUGAAGCGCAGGCGGCUGUCCUCCAAAAGGAAAUUCAGUCACGAUGCCGAGUCAGAGAAAGAAGACCCAGCGCCUGCUAAAAAGAUGGUAGAAGGUGGGCAGUCAGGUGACUUGAAGAUGAAGGCUGAUGAAGUGUUUCACUGCCCAGUAUGUUUCAAGGAGUUUGCUUGCAAGUAUGGACUGGAGACCCACAUGGAGACCCACUCAGAUAACCCACUAAGAUGUGACAUCUGCUGCGUCACCUUUCGAACACAUCGAGGAUUACUACGCCACAAUGCACUUGUCCACAAACAGCUUCCCAGAGAUGCGAUGGGAAGGCCUUUCAUCCAGAACAACCCUUCCAUUCCCGCUGGCUUCCACGACUUGGGAUUCACUGACUUCUCCUGUAGGAAAUUUCCUCGGAUUUCUCAGGCCUGGUGUGAGACAAACCUGCGAAGGUGUAUCAGCGAGCAGCACCGCUUCAUCUGUGACAUCUGCGACAAGGCAUUCCCCAUGCUGUCCUCACUCACCCUGCACAAGCAGACCCACAUCACUGGGGACCAGGGACGGGAAAGGCUGCAAGCCAAGACCCUGUCUGGUGACACCCUGGACCAGAAGGCUUUCCUGGCCUUUCUGGGCCUGCAGCACACCAAAGAUGUCAGGCCUGUCCCGGCCGAGGAGCCCCUGCCAGAUGACAACCAAGCAAUACAGCUUCAGACACUCAAGUGUCAGCUACCUCAGGACCCUGGCUGUACCAACCUGCUGAGGCUGUCUCCUUUUGAAGCCUCUUCCCUGGGCGGUUCUCUCACAGUCCUCCCAGCUACCAAGGAGAACAUGAAGCACCUAUCCCUGCAGCCCUUCCAAAAAGGCUUCAUCAUCCAGCCUGACAGUAGUAUUGUGGUCAAGCCCAUCUCUGGGGAGUCAGCCAUUGAGCUGGCUGACAUCCAGCAGAUCCUGAAGAUGGCAGCCUCAGCACCCCCUCAAAUCAGUCUUCCACCUCUCUCCAAGGCCCCUGUCACCCCUUUGCAGGCGAUUUUCAAGCACAUGCCCCCUCUGAAGCCAAAGCCCUUGGUCACACCGAGGACAGUGGUGGCCACCUCAACACCACCCCCUCUCAUCAAUGCCCAGCAGGCUUCCCCCGGCUGCAUCAGCCCCAGCCUGCCCCCGCCACCCCUGAAGCUCCUCAAGAGCUCAGUGGAGGUGGCCUCUAAUGCCCACCUGCUGCAGGCCAAGUCUGGGGCCCAGCCCCACACAGCCAUGCAGCUAUUCCUGCAGCAGCCAGGCGUGGAGCUGCCUGGCCAGGCAGAGAUGAAGACGCAGUUGGAGCAGGACAGCAUCAUCGAGGCCCUGCUGCCACUGAGCAUGGAUGCCAAGAUCAAGCAAGAGAUUACGGAGGGAGACCUCAAGGCCAUCAUGACGGGUCCCAGCAGCAAGAAAUCUCCAGUCAUGCGUAAGGUGCUCUACCCCUGCCGUUUCUGCAACCAGGUGUUCGCCUUCUCAGGGGUGUUGCGUGCACACGUGCGCUCCCACCUGGGCAUCUCUCCCUACCAGUGCAACAUCUGUGACUACAUUGCAGCUGACAAGGCCGCGCUUAUCCGACACCUGCGCACACACAGCGGUGAGCGGCCCUAUAUCUGUAAGAUCUGCCACUACCCCUUCACUGUCAAGGCCAACUGUGAGCGGCACCUGCGCAAAAAGCACCUCAAGGCCACCCGCAAGGAUAUUGAGAAGAACAUCGAGUACGUGACCAGCAGCGCGGCUGAGAUGGUGGAUGCCUUCUGUUCCCCAGAUACGGUGUGCCGGCUGUGCGGAGAGGACCUGAAGCACUACCGCGCCCUGCGCAUCCACAUGCGCUCGCACUGUGGCCCUGGCCUGGGCAGCUGCCCCAAAAGUCACAAGCCUUUCGAAUGCAAGGAGUGCAGUGCCGCCUUCUCGGCCAAGCGCAACUGCAUCCACCACAUCCUUAAGCAGCACCUGCACGUGCCAGAGCACGACAUCGAGAGCUACGUCCUGGCAGCGGAUGGCCUGAGCCCCAAGGAGGCCCCCUGUGCCGAAGCCUCGGGGAGGAUGGAGGAGGGCAACGGGGCCUUUGGCGAGCACAAAUCCCUUGCCACCUUCCUGGAGUCCCAGAACGGCUAUCUUCACGGGAACCCCACCCAGCCUCCGCCUCCCCACGUCACCAUCAAGUUGGAGCCCACGAGCAACUUCUCAGUAGACUUCAAUGAGCCCCUGGACUUCUCCCAGAAGGGCCUGGCCCUGGUCCAAGUGAAGCAGGAAAACACAGCCUUGUUCCUGAGCCCUUCUUCCUCGGCCCCGUAUGACUGCUCCAUGGAGCCCAUUGACCUGUCCAUCCCCAAGAACUUCAGAAGAGGAGACAAGGAUUCUGCUGCUCCCGGUGAAGCCAAGAAGCCUGAGCAAGAACCAGGGAGCAGGGAGCAAUCUUCUCCCUGUCCACCCCCAUGCCCUACUCUGCCAGUGACCUUGGGGCCCAGCGGGAUCUUGGAAAAACCCUUGGCCCUUUCAGCAGCAGCCUCGGCAGCCACUGCUCCGGAAGCCCAUGCUCAACCACUGCAGGGCUCCGUUCAGGUCGCUGUCCCCAUUUACUCAUCAACCCUCAUCAACAGCUCCCCUCUCUUGGGCAACUCCACCCUCAUAAGCAGCUCGGCCUUGUUGCGGCCCCUACGUCCCAAGCCCCCCUUGCUCUUGCCAAAGCCCCCGGUGACAGAAGAGCUGCCCCCACUGGCCUCCAUCGCCCAGAUCAUCUCCUCUGUGUCCUCAGCCCCCACCUUGCUGAAAACCAAGGUGGCUGACCCAGGGCCCACAAGCACUGGCAGUAACACCACAGCUUCGGACAGCUUAGGAGGCACCAUCGCCAAAGCAGCCAGUGCACCCACUGACACCACCAGCCCAAAAGAAUCCAGCGACCCACCCCCUGCUGCCAACAGUCCAGAGGCAGCUUCACCCACGGAGCAGGGGCCAGUUGGCUUGUCAAAGAAGAGGGGCCGGAAAAGGGGGCUGAGGAGCCGACCCCGUACCAGCAGUGGUGGGGUGGACCUGGACUCCAGCGGGGAAUUUGCCAGCAUCGAGAAGAUGCUGGCCACCACAGACACCAACAAGUUCAGUCCAUUUCUGCAGACAGCGGAGGAUGAUGCUCAGGACGAGGUGGCCGGCACCCCUACUGACCACAACGGGCCUAGUGAUGAAGAGCAAGGCAGUCCCCCGGAAGACAAGCUGCUGAGGGCAAAGCGGAACUCGUACGCCAACUGCCUGCAGAAGAUCAACUGUCCCCACUGCCCCCGUGUCUUCCCUUGGGCCAGCUCCCUCCAGAGGCACAUGCUCACGCACACUGGUCAGAAACCCUUCCCUUGUCAAAAAUGCGAUGCCUUCUUUUCUACCAAAUCUAACUGUGAACGCCACCAGUUGCGCAAACAUGGAGUUACCAACUGUUCCCUGAGAAGAAACGGGCUUAUUCCCCAGUCAAAAGAGAGUGAUGUUGGACCCCAUGAUAGCACAGACAGCCAAUCAGACAUGGAGGCAUCAUCCACAGGAGGCGAAGUGCUGGACCUCACCUCUCGGGAGAAGGACCAGCCGUGGUCAGAGGGGGCCCCUGAGCCCAGCCAGGUCAAAGAAGAGCUCCCUGUGGAGGAGCUGACUCAGGGAGUGGCUGAGCCUGUGGAUGGGGAGGAGCGGGGAGCCGAGGAGAGCCCAGAGCCUGAGGGGAAGCACAGUGCAGAGGACAGGGAUGAGGACGCAGAUGGCCCGGAGGAAGACACAGUUAGCAACAAGAGCCUGGACCUCAAUCUUGCCAGCAAACUGAUGGACUUCAAGCUGGCCGAGGGCGGCUCUGGUGCUGUGGGCAGCGGAGGCCCGGCCCCACAGGACCAGAAGCACACCUGCAGCACCUGCGGCAAGAGCUUCAAGUUCCUCGGGACCCUGAGCCGCCACAGGAAGGCCCAUGGCCGUGAGGUGCCCAGGGAGGAGAGUGCACUCCUGCGGGAGGGCCAGGGAGAGAGCGGGGGCGCUGAGGGGUCGAUGCCUGUCCCCGCUGCUGUUGCCCCUAUCCCAGAGCCGGAGGAGAAGCCCGAGCCCCCGGCUGAGGGGGAGGCCAUGUCGGAAGGCACAUCAGAGAAGCGGAGUGAGGAGGCCGAGGGCACCUCUGAUGGGGAGGGCACAGCUGAGAAGAAGUCCUCAGAGAAGAGUGAGGACGACAAGAAGCCAAAGACAGACACCUCCAGAAGUGUGUCCAGCAAGGCAGACAAGAGAAAGAAGGUCUGCACCGUGUGCAACAAGAGGUUCUGGUCUCUGCAGGACCUGACCCGGCACAUGCGGUCCCACACGGGAGAAAGGCCAUACAAAUGUCAGACAUGCGAGCGAACCUUCACCUUGAAGCACAGCCUGGUUCGCCAUCAGCGGGUCCACCAGAAAGCCAGGCACGCCAAACAUCACGGGAAGGACAGCGACAAGGACGAGCGGGGCGAGGAGGACAGUGAGAGCGAGUCUACCCACAGCGGCAACAACCCCGUCUCGGAGAACGAGGCCGACUCAGCUCUGCCGGCCAGCAACCACAUGGCUGUCACCCGGAGCCGGAAGGACAGCCUGGCCAAGGACACCAGCCGCAGGGAGGACCGGGCUGUGGGUCGGACGACUGGUACUCUGCAGGCUGAAGCUGGCAGGGGUGCACCCAAGGCCGCUCCCCCAAGCAGCCCCAAGGAGCAGGUGCCUCAGGGUGACCCUGACCCAGAGAGCCCGGUGGCCCUCGUGCAAGACCUGCUGGAGCUGAACGGCAAGAGGCCUUCCCACCCUGGCCUGGCCACCGAUGGCGCCUCGCCGCUGCUGGGAAUGGAGUGAUGGCUCCUACUGCCCCUGGCACACAGACAGGCAGCAGGGCACAGUGCCCUGAAUCGACGUUUCAUGAGGUCCCCAGAGCCCUUCAGCUGUUGGAGAGAGGUGAGCCAGAGAGGGCCAGCCCCCUCGGUGCGUGGCCGCACCGCGUGCCCAUGCGGGAGACCAGCACAGACAAUUCGAGUGCCUUAACUACUUACCAGCCCUUCACUGUUGUCCUGGGUGUUGUGUUGUUCCAAAUGACUUUAAAACACAAAGCAGAUAUUGUAAUGAAUUAUUUGGAGAGAACCUUUCAUUUAAGCAUUAACGUGACCUUCUGUGUUGCUGUGUGAGAGCUUGUUUCAGCGAGUCUGUGAUAGUAACGUUUGUUCUGUGAGCUGAAAACAGAAGAAAAAUAUGCCCUUGGACACCCACAGCCAAUAACUGGAAGAAAAUGAUGUGAAUUUCACAUAAAUUACCAGGGGUAAUAUGGAUGAAAUGCUCAUUUCUCAAAUAGA